AUGCAUCCCCUUGCAGAUCUAUCAAUCUCUGAAGUGACGAAGGCCCGAGAUGUUAUUCUCUCGCUUCAUCCAGGAGAGACAAUCGAGUUCCGACAGAUUGGAGUCCAAGAGCCCAAGAAGGCGGCGUUGGCCGAAUACCUCAAAGUCGAACACAGCAAUGGAGACCUGAGCAAGGUCAAACCACCUCCAAGAUUGGCCAAGUGCCAUUACGAUAUCUUCUCAAUGGGUGCAAAGCCAGUUGAAUACCACGAAAUCAUCGUCAACGUAGAGACCAGUGAAGUGGUCGAGAAGAUCGAGAUCAGUCCAAGCAUCCAGCCAAGCUUGACAUUGGGGGAGUUUGACAUGCUACUCAAGAUUUGCGAGACUGCUCCAGAGUUCAAAGAGGCCUUAGCUGAGCUCAAUUUGCCCGAUUACAUGGAAGUAAUCGUCGAGCCGUGGCCAUACGGUACUCCAGAAGUGUAUGAUCCUCCUGGACGGUACUUCCAAGGCGUCGUCUAUGCCAAAGACAAUCGACAGAAUAACCCCGAUUCCAACUUCUAUCCCUUCCCUGUGCCACUGAUCCCGGUGGUGGACAUGACCAAACGAAAACUGGUCAAGGUGAUUCGACUUCCUCGGGGCGGGACCGAAGAUGGAGCUGUACCUAAUCCCGCCAAAGUCGAUAAGAACCCAUUGGCUCACUGCACUACUUCGGAAUAUGUGCCUGAACUCAGACCGGAUGGCGUCCGUAAAGAUCUCAAAGAUCUCAAUGUCAUACAGCCCGAUGGUCCAUCAUUCACAGUCGAAGAUGAAUCUUUGGUGUCAUGGCAGAAUUGGAGGUUUCGAGUCGGCUUCACCCCGAGAGAAGGAGUAGUCAUUCAUGACGUACACUAUGCUGGCCGUAGCCUGUUCUAUCGCCUCUCAAUGAGUGAAAUGACUGUCCCCUACGCUGAUCCACGGGACCCGUUCCAUCGCAAGCAAGCCUUUGAUUUCGGCGAAGGCGGCGCAGGAAUGUGUGCCAACAACCUGGGCCUGGGUUGUGACUGCUUGGGUCAUAUCAAAUACUUUGACUCUGUCAUGGUGAAUACACAAGGCAAUGUUGUCGUUCAGCCCAACGUGAUCUGUCUUCACGAGCAGGACAAUGGCAUAGGCUGGAAACACACCAACUGGAGAACUGGGCGCGCGGUCGUCACACGUAACCGAGAACUUGUGGUCCAAUUCAUCUUGACCCUGGCGAACUACGAAUAUCUAUUCGCCUAUAAAUUCAACCUGGCCGGUGGUAUCGACAUCGAGGUCCGCGCUACAGGCAUCGUGAGCUGCGUGAACAUCGAGCCCGGCAAGACCAGCGAGUACGGCAAUAUCGUCAAUCCAGGUGUGCUGGCUCAAAACCAUCAGCAUAUAUUUGCGGUCCGAAUCGAUCCUGCAAUCGAUGGUCCCAACAACACCGUGGUCCAAGAGGAAUCGCUACCCGAGAUAAUGAAUGCUACGACGAACCCAGCUGGAAAUGGGUACAAGGUGGUCAGGACGCCGAUCACUCGGUCCUCCUGGGCAGACGCUAGUCCCUUGACCAACCGGAUCUUCAAGAUCACCAAUCCAUCGAUCAAGAAUCCCAUCAGCGGCAAACCGGUGUCCUACAAGCUGACCCCACCGCCCACGCAGCUCCUUCUGGCUGAUACGCGAUCGGUCCAGGCCAAGCGAGCAGCAUUCGCACAACAUCAUGUCUGGGUGUCAAAGUACCGUGACGAUGAGUUGUGGGCGAACGGACCUUUUCCGUUCCAGAGCACCGGUGAGAUAGGAGGUGUUCUGGACAUGGUCAGCCGUGGCGAAAACGUCGAAAACGAUGAUGUCGUCGUCUGGUCUGUGUUUGGCUUGACGCAUAACCCGAGAGUCGAGGAUUGGCCCGUCAUGCCUGUCGAGAUCCAUCAAGUUUCACUGAAACCCGUUGACUUUUUCACCGAGAAUCCAAGCAUCGACGUGCCUAGCAACAGAAAUCUUGCGAGUAGAGAGAUGGUAACAAGGACGGGGCAUUGCUGUGAUUCCGAGUCAACGAAUGGAGCUACUAAUGGGGUCGUCAAUGGACACUGAAUCACCAGCAUAGGAUACUCUUGUUGAUAAUGAUAGCUGAACUGUGAUCGAGUAUGCACCACAUGCGAGCAACGAUGGAG